AUGGUGUAUGCACAAUCAAUUGAAAAGUCUAAGCUUAGAAGGAUGGCUACAAGUUCUAAAAGGAGUGGUGCUAGUGAUCAAGAGCAAAGUAGGCUUAGGAAGAAGGUUCAAUCUCAAGGAGAAUCUAGGAGUUCUAAGUUCAAGGUUGAGAAAGGAGGUGGUUCCAAGGAUGGCAAUACUACUUGUUCAAAUUGUUGCAAGAAACAUUAUGGAGAGUGUCUAUUGUGUACAAGGAGUUGCUUUGGUUGUGGUAAGGAUGGGCACAACGUGAGAGACUGUCCUAUGAUUGCUUCUAGAGGUAGACAGGGUAAACAAGUUGCUCCUAGUAGUCCAAAGGAAGAUGCUUUGAAAACAAAGCGUUUCUAUGCACUCCGUUCUAGAGUGGAGAAGUCGGAUUAG